GCCUCCGGAGCCCUAACAUGCCGGCCUGCACCUUACAAUCUCGGUCUGCCCAGCGCCUGGAAGGCUCCCUGGGCUCCCGGCUAAGGCCCUGGUCAGCGCAAACCAAUGGCUUCGACGCCGCCGCCUCGUCGACUCCGAAAACUGUCGUGCCAGGCCUAACACCUCGAACGACUCUGGACUAGCCUUGCAUCUUUCGCUGUUUUGGCCAGCCGCCAUCCGGGAACCCUUCCCUUUCAAACAGUUCCAGCUGUGCAUGGCAGGCUUCAAGUUUGACAUGAUCUCGGGGAGCUGAUCCAUCAUGCUGUACUAUCUGGACCUUCUGACAGCCACACCUUAAAAUGCUCCAUCUUCACUCUUCCAUCUGGACGAGCGAUCGACCGGCGGAGCCAUCUUCAAGUUCGACCCCCCUUGACGCCUGGGCCUUGUCCACGACCUCGCCUUUUCUUUCGAUCAUUCAUUUAUUCCCCGUGUCCUGCCCGACUCGACUUUCCCUUCCCACAACCUUCGACAAAUGAACAAACCUAAGUACGGGGCUGUUUCCUUGUACAUUUUCUUUGCCAGCCUUGUCGCCCGGUGCUUCUAUUGAUCCUGCCCAAGUUCCUGGUCAAACAGAAAAGACUCGCAGCAUAUUCUUGUUUGUCGGCUUCUUCCUUGCUCCGUUGCCAGACCAAUCCCUCGUUCUUCGAGAAUUAUCUUGUUCCAUGCCUGUCAUUGUGCAUAUACUAAAUCCAGCAGGACGAGAGACAACCGCUGGCAGGAUUCAAACCCUGAACUCCGGAUCGAGUUCAUUGCAUUACUACCAGCUGUAUCACUCCACACUACUCCGUCGUCAAAACUGUGGCCCGUCGAUUCAAGGGCGUCUCGCCAUGACACCCUCGUGAGACAUCAAACUGGCGCAUAAUUUCCCGCCAUCAUAUCUGCCCCCUCUGGCCUUCGCUCAUUUUAACAACCAUCCAACGCCUGCCUUUGCAUCCAGCUAUUCUCAGAACCGUGAUUCCCUCCGGUUGCACACUCAGACAGCUCAAGGCCCAUCUAAUACCGCUACUCGGCCACACCACACACCCAAGCCUCUGACUCCACCCUACGCAGCGGCAGAUGCCACGGGCACUGACCAGUCUUGGAUGACUGGGGACGAGUCCAAAAAGUCGACACCCACGUCGCAAACUGCCCAACGCAGUCCGGUGUCGAUGACAGAGACGGACACUCCCACUCAGAAUAAGCCCGACACUGUUGCCGCGCCCAAGCCGAAACGAGUCAGGACUGGUUGCCUGACCUGCCGAGAAAGACACCUCAAGUGCGACGAAGGAUUGCCGACCUGUCAGAACUGCAAGCGGUCCAACCGGAAAUGCAAGCGUGGUAUUCGUCUCAAUUUUAUCGACAUCCAAUGUGGAAGACCGCCCCAUUUGCUGCCCCGGACGCAUGACUGGAAAGUCACUUUCCAAGAUGACUCGCGGGAAAUCGCCUCGGAGUACGUGGGUGGACUGGAGAAGUACCACCCACUUGAGCCGGAACCUAAGCGGCAGAAGCUGAGCAUCCCAUCGCUAAAAUACAAUUAUGGCCCAGUCGCUGCUCCGAUCAUACCCCAUCAACAGCUUCCUGCCCCUGAAGCUUAUACUAACAGUUAUACGGAACCACCCCAGGCCUUGUACCAAAGCGCCAGUGGCCACCAAUACAACGAGUCGGCAACUGCUGCAAUGGCGCCUUUCCCAGAUACCAUUCACUCUACGAGCAUCCCUUACGGGCAACCCACGAUGAUGCCGAGCGUGCAGGGGUCGGAUCUCUCGCCGCUUGAGGAUCGCAAUGAAGUGUUGUACAUGCAGGUAUUCGUGGAAGAAGUGGGUUUGUGGAUGGAUUCGAUGGAUGCCCACAAGCAUUUCUCCCGCCUCAUACCGUUCCAAGCGCUGCGAGAACCAAUGCUGAAGUAUGCGCUGCUGGCUUGUGGAGUUCGUCAUCUGACUUUGGUGAACUCUGCCUACCCUGAGGAGCAUGCACUGAACUACUACAACAGCGCUACGCAGCUUCUUUUGAAGUCCCUACAGAAUCCGAACAGGGACAGCGUUCUCUGCGCUACCACCGCGACCAUUCUCAACGUGUACGAAGUCAUGUCGGAAAAGGCACUCCAGAGAAUGAAUCACAUUGCCGGUGCACGCGCGCUCAUCAAGGAGUGUCGUUGGGAUGCCACUGCCACAGGCAUAGGAGCUGCCUGUUUCUGGUUGAAUGUGGGACUCGAGUUAUUCAGCUGUCUACAUUUCAAUUGGGGCGUCGCGUGGGAUCCGGACACCUGGGGUCUCGACAUGACCAUGAACCCGCAGCACGGCCCCGGCAAUGAGGACCAUUGGACUCAUAAAAUGCUGUGGAUAUUGUCAAAGAUCACCAACUUCCGGUCGACAGCGCAAGCCCACUUUCAAGAUAGCAGUGUUCACGCUGAGCAGAUGCGCCUACAACAACGACACCAGGUGUGGUUGGGGCUCAAGCAGUUUUGCGAGCGCUGGGACAGUUGUGUUCCGCCCACGAUGCAACCCAUGGCCUAUGUCCCUGCUUAUGCCACCUCGUCGAAAAGCUCUUUUCCCGAGGUGUGGUACAUCAAAAGGACGACGAUUGUCGCACGACUGUUCUAUCACACAGCGUUGGCACUGCUGGGUAUGGUUCAUCCACUCGCCAGCGUCCAACCUCAGACGGCUGAGGAGAUGCAGGAGAUGAGGAUCUACCAUUCCCGGCAUGUCUGUGGGAUAGUGGCUCAUGUCAAAGACCGAGGCGUGGCGUCGGCAUCCAUUCGAUGUCUUGCUGUGGCAGGAGAGAAUCUGACGUCGCGACGAGAACAGGAAGAAGUGUUACAGAUCUUUGAGAGGAUCAAGAAAGAGACGGGCUGGAGGGUUACGUUUAUCCAUGACGAUCUCAAAGAGAAAUGGGGUUGGAAUGAAGGCCCUCAAGAUUACAACAGCAUCAGCUCGACAUCCACGUACUACUCACCCACGGGAUUAUCGGCACCUCCGACCUCAACUCCUCCUCGCACCAAGUACCCCAGUGGUAUUGUCAACCCUCUGUACAAAAACGCCGACUUCUCGGCUCAAAACCCACCCUAUCAGGGGAACUAUGUUCCUCCGGCGGCUGCACAUGGUUUGUCCAAUUCGGCACAGAUGUACGCAUACUCGGGCAUGCAGACAUUAUGAAGCAGACAUUAAUGGUUGCGAGCUACUAACUUUAUAUAUACGACGCUCCAGGUGUUGAUGGUAUAUGGCUGAAGUUGUUUUUUUCAUCGACGUACACAUUUGUAAUGUAAGGUAGCAAGCGUUGACUUGUCAGGUGCUGGCAGAUGGAAAUGAAAAGUAUGUCUAUGUGGGCAGUGGUUUUAUGGUUGUGCAUAUCUACUGGUACAGCUGACUGAGUGUUGUGGAACGAUUUAUUGAAGCCAUUAAUUGAAUACAAGCAGGACUGAUACAUACCUAGGUAUAUGUAUGUGGGCCGUGAUCAGGGAGGACAUGGCGACUUGGUCGUGUACAGAACCGCUAUUUCUUUAACGACUAUGAUUGUAAUACAUAUAUAUUGAAGUUAUUUCUAUUCC